AUGGAAGUUUUUAAUGAACAAUAUCAAAAUCAAAGAGAUUCAGAAUCUGUUUGGGUUGAAACAUUGAAAAAGUUUAACACAGAAAGUGCAGAUAAAAGAGUUUUUACAGAUAAAGUCAAUUUAAAUACAAAAGAACAAUUUACAUAUAAUUUAUUUCACUAUUUAAAAAAUGAAUUUAAUCCAUCACAAACAGUUAAACCAUCAAUUGAAACAAUGGUACAAGUUUUAAUUUCAUUAAGAAUUUCAUUAAGAGAAUUUACUGAAAAAGAUAGAGAUAUUGUUAAAAAUGAAUUAAAUAUUUUCUUUAAAUUAGGUAAUAUUGGUGAAGCAGAAAAGAUUAAAAUUUAUGAUAAUUCAAUUAGAGAGGAAGCAUUAAAAUGUAUUGUAAAUUGUAUUAGUAGGGAUCCAGUUAUUCAAAAUACAUUUUUAGUAGAGAUGAAUGGACCAAUUACAUUAACUCGUGAAGUAAAGAAGAAUAGUGCAGAGAUGUCUGAAGGUUUAUUGGAUGUAAUUUACAAGGUAUUGGUACAUUGUUGUGCCAAGCCAGAGAUUAAAUUAGCAUUGAGACCAGAGGGUUUGUUGGAGUUUGUCACUGAGCAAUUGCUCACCAAAGUGACCACCACCGAUGCCAUAACAAAGUCAGCACCGUUGUUGUCGGAUUUAUGUAGAUUACUAUUCACACUCACCAUUCAUUUAGGACCGUUGGAGGGUGGCAGACCAACACCACCAAAUCAUUUAGAAUUGGAGGGUUGCAGAAGACUAUUACCAAUCUUUAAAAAGAUCAUCACUCAAUAUACACCUGGUAACAGUGCAUCUGAUCCAAUCUACAAUUUGAAAUGUGCUGUCAUCUCUGCAUUAAUCAAUACACCAAAGGAUCUCUACGAUGAACUAAUCGAUGAGAUUCCAUUAACUUACUUUCAAGAAAUAUUCAAAUCUCAAAUUCAUUUAUUAUCUUCACCUGAAACUGCCGCUGAAUUCUUACCAAUCUUAAUGUUACUUACAAAUACUGCUGAAAAUGUAAUAUCAACUCGUCAACAAUUAAAAGAAAUGACUUUUCCUUAUGAUUUAAUUAAAGAAACUGAUGAACCAUUAUCAGUUGGUAUUGAACCACCAGAAGAAGUUAAAAAAACAGGUAUUAGUUCAAAAUUAAUUCCAUUUAUGACUGGUAGUGAUAUUGGACUUAAACAUUUCGUUAGUGAAUAUUUCUUUAUGAUUUGUGAUGAAGAUGCAAAUGAAGUUUGUAGAUUAACUGGUUUUGGUAAUGCUGCUGGUUUAUUAGUAACAAGAGGUUUAAUGUCACUUGGUGGAAAAUAA